AUUGGUUCAUUCGCACGAUAUUGGCAAUCGCAAAACAUGAAAGAUCUUAGUCAUAAAUAGAGCAAGAGACACACCGAAAGUGAUACUCUUCAUCUUUGAAUUUCAUGCUUCAUGUUAAUUCAGAUUGCAAAGACGAUGUAAGGUGAUACACACGUAUAACCAGUAUUGUGCAGUAAGCAAGUUGAAACCAGAACAUCAUGUUUAGAUGAAAAAUACCAUCCACUCUAGUCGCAACUGACUAGGAUAUAUGGAGCGACUCAAACGACUUCUCACAAGAGAACAUGACCUAGGAACAAGGAUUCAUCGUGCGUAUAUAUCAAGAACAGCGAGUGAAGUUGGACCAAAUUUACGAGAUAAAGCAAUGAGCUGGUUGCGUGUGUUAAACGAAAAUUUCCGUCUUCAGCCGGAAUCCUUUGUUUUAGCUGUUCAUAUUUUCGACAAGUUUUUGUUAACGACGAAGGUUAGAGUGAAGUAUUUGCGAUGUGUAGCUAUUGCUGCUUACUUUAUAUCAAUCAAAGCAGUCGAGGAAGACGAGAAUAUCCCUGUCGUUAGCGACCUGUUAGAAACCAGUCAAUGUGGAUGUUCCAAGUCAGACAUUCUAAAAAUGGAGUUAAUCAUAUUAAAAACUAUUGAAUGGAAAAUUUACGCCGCCACGCCCAUGAGAUUCUUGCAACACUUUUACGAAAUGCUUUUCGUACCCUAUCCGUCGGAGAUAAAAAAUAUUCCAGAAAAGUUUCUCGCCGAAGCUGAAGGAACAAUACAAGAGUGUAUGUGUAAAUGGCAACUGACACAAUUUAAGAGUUCUGUCCUGGCUUAUGCUGUCUUAAUCAAUACAUUUCAAGGAGUGUUGGGCGAAUCGCAGCUGCAGAUUAUACAAGACAUAAUUAAGAUUGAAAAUAAAGAACUUUUCCAAUGUAAACUUCUACUGAAGGAGAAGACUGAUAAUCACACUAUUUCAGUUAAAGAACUUGAAACAGUCGACGUUAUUCAUACGGACUCUAAAGAAAAACUAAAGGUUGUCAAAACGUGACAAAUCCUUAAACUAGCGAUUCUGCUGCUAAAUUUCAUCGACAGCAUUCGGUUUUUUGCGGACGCCAAAAUUCCAAAGCCCAUUGUAACAACUAAUCGUGUUUUCAUGUUUCGAAUUUGAAGAUGUUAAAAAUUGCAGUAAUCAACAUCGCUAGUAAUACCACUGACUGCUAUAUAGUGCCUGAGACGCGAUGCAUUUGUGAUUCACGAUGCAAAACUGAACAUCACUGGAAAUGUGAUCUUAAAUUGGGUAUAUUUUUCAGAAUGUAUACACCCACAUGUACAUUAAUUGUUAAAUAUAUAUAAAUAUUCACUGUAUAUAUGCAUGUAUAGCUAUUUUCAAACUUUAAACAAUGUGCUUAUACACAGCUCAAUUUUAGCUUUUUUCUUUUUGUUUUUGUUUUGCCUUUACCUGCAUGUAAUCAGUUUUUGUCAGAGUUGUCAAAUGUUCUCAAUCAUUUGGUGCCAAGCAUAGAUAUAGUUUGUGUACAAAAUUAUAAAACCAUAAGUGAUAAGAAAAAAUCUUUAAAACUAACAAGUU